AUGGUGAAGAUCUCCACCUUCUUGGCUAGUUGCACUCCCGGGUUGUUCCUGGCAUCCCGAAGCAGUGCCUUUACUGCUCCUCUGCCAACAACUCAAGCCCACGCAACUCCCUUGAAUUUAUCUGCUGGUGGUAAUGAAAGUUUGGAACGAGUCACUUCCUCGUUGACCCAUCAAGCCGAAGAAUUGGAAUCGGGAGGCGACCAAGAGCGGGAACAAAAGGCAGCACAUUUAUUUGAAUCGAUUGAUCAGGAUGGGGAUGGCCAACUAAAGCUUUUAUGA